UUGAGAAUUCCGUUUGUCACUGGUAACUAUACAAUUAUGGUGAAGCCAAAGAAAAAAGCAACAGCACAAGAAAAAUUAGCCAAAGAUAGGCUACGAAAGAAGGAAAAAUAUGCAGAAAUCAAAAAAGAUCCUGAAAAAUACAGACUUGAAAAAGAGAAAGAAAGAAAGAAGUACCUUUUAAGAAAAGAAAAGAAAAAGAUUCUCAGCAUAGCAGAAAUGACUGACAGACAAAAAGGGAGCAAAGGCGAAGAUGGCGAAAAAACUCAAGAAAAUAUUUGA